AAAAGUGGCUCUUGCCGCUGCGUCCUCUUCCUUCCCGAGAGAGGGAGCAGCCUUGGAGGGAGGGGGCUCCCCGCUCUCUGGUCUUGGAAGCUCGGCCCCCGGGGUGGCGCGGCGUGGCGGCGCGCGCCCUCUUCUCCGCGUCGGCGGACGCCCCGCUUGGCCAGAAGGCUGUGCAAAAGAGUUCAAAGCCGGGGCCAGGAGGCCUCUAGCCCUCCCUGGAGCAGAAGUCAGGACACCAGCCAGCCCACCCCCCCAGGGAGGACCACUGCUGGUGCCUGAAGGAUGGAAAUGAUGUGCCUCUGAAAUUUGGCGCUGCUUUGGAGAAUGGGUAGAAAAAAACAUUGUCGAGUGACACUGACAACACUGAAGAGUCAACAAGUUUCAGUAAAAUCCAGUCUUAGAAAAUAUUCCUGAAAAUUAAAAGAACUAUCAGCACAAUGGACUGGAAUGUAGGGACGACCAAUAAGUUGCAAAUGUACGGAUCCUUCCUGACACCACAAGUUACUUCUGCUGCUUCUGUUACUUCCCAAGCAAAUGUCCUAAUGCAGAAAUUUUGUAAUUCCUCUGGAAACAGCCAAACCACAAAUGUUCCAUCAAGCAUGAAGUAUAUCUUGGCAAACAAAUCACAAUUUCAGAAUAACAGUUUCUCUAAAAGGCCUAUAUUUCCUAAAACAGUAUCUGAUACAAGCUUUGGACUAAGCAAUAACUUUUAUAACUUGUCUCCAUCUUCACUUUCUGCUAUGUCAGUCCAGAUGGCAGCUGAUGUUCAGAAUCCAAAUUUAUCAAGGAACAUGCAUAUUUCUUCCUCUGUAGCAUUACAGGGAAGUACAAUUUGCAAUUCUGUGCAAAAUAUGCAUCAAAAGACAAGUGCAUAUAUGGCCAUGGACAGUUUCAAUAAUCCACCACUGCAAAAUUGUUCAAAUUCUGUGAGAACUUCAGUAUAUCAGCAAGCUCCUCUAAAUAGUUCAUCGCCGAAAGGGCCCCCAACACUGAUGCCCUAUUGUUAUAUGAAUGGGCCUGCUACCUCCCAAGCAAAUGCUAGAAUAUCUUUUAACUCUGUAUCAAAUUACUAUUUACCUCCUCAGCAAAAUGUCCAGUGUCCUGAUUAUUCUUCAGCAAAGAAUUGCCCAAAUCCAGGUGUCCCGGUAGCUAUGCAAUCACAACAUUUUGCCUCUGAUCAAAUAAACCCUCCUCCAUAUGCAAUAUAUUCUCACUACGAUUGCAGAAAUGCAGCCCAGGCCACUAAAAUAAACUCUUCGCUCUCGGAUCUGAUGGCUCCUGUGCAGGCAAACCAUGGACAAUUUGUUCUGCAGCAGCCAACUGCAAAUUUAUCUAAUGAAAAUGUUGAAAGUUACCGGAGUUCUCUGGUUGAUCAGAAUAGCAAUUUAUAUUCUGUUCAGCCCAAUCAGAAAUCUCAAUCUCUGUCAUCCUCUACAGAAACAAAUGCAGUAGGCACCAUUGUCCAUAAUGUAAAUGGACUAAAAACUACCAUGCAGCUUUCUAAUGAAUCAAUGAAGUCAUUUGAUGAAGUUGAAGGCAAUCUUUCUAACAAUGUACCAACAGCUGCAAUAGUUCAACUUGCUGAAUCUUUGCCCCAAAUGAAUAGAACUUUGCAACAAAAGAAUAAUGUAAGUAAUGAGAAUUUAUCUAAGGAUAAAGUUAUAAUUACUAGAGAGAGUUUAUCACUCAAUGUUCCAACGUUGCAUGAAAUGAGAAUUGCAUUAUUAAAACUUAAAGACAGUUUUAGAUUAAAACAAAAAAUAUAUCGAUCUUCUCUACAGAGUGGGCAGACCUCUAAUACCCCUGCAAACAAUCAAAAUCCUAAUAAUUUAUUUUCUCCUUGUAAUGCAAAUCAGUCAGUGGUAUGUAAUGUCCAGCAGGUUGCUUCAGAUAAAGUCACUCCAAAUAAGUUUUCAUCUAAUUCACACAAUUCUUCCUUUGUACCACAGAAAACAAAGAAUCACUUAUUGCCAAUUCUGUGGAAUAUGCUGAAAGGUACUGGUGAUGAAAAUAUGUUAUUUAACUCUAAUGUUGAAAGUGGAGAUAAAUACCAAAAUAAGCAUUUCACUGUUCAAGAGAAUUCAUGUUUUGAGUCUAAUGGUGAUGGACCUGAAAAUCCUGUUAAUACUGACAGAACUACUAGAUUAAGCUAUAAAACCUCUCCUGUUGGUUCUACUCAGGGGACAAGCAUCAAAAACUAUAAAGGCUUUGAACAGAUUUCUAACUCUGCUCAUAAUCAAUUGGAGAAAACAGCUGUACCUAAGGAUGACUUAUUUAAUCUUUUUAAACAGAAUAAAGGUUCAGGAGGUGAUGUUGGUCAGUAUUUAAAUGAUAAUCAAAGUCUGAUUCAGAAUUUAGGUGUUUCUCAGGGAUCAUCUUCAAUGAAAAACUCUAUAAAAGAAGACAGUGAGAAUCUGCAUUGUUCUACAUCUACAUAUCUGAUUCAGCAUAGUGAAAACAGUUGUCUUGAGAAACCUGGGAACAGUGAAAAGAUCGCUGAUAUAUCUAGUUCAUCUCCUGUAUCCAAAGGAGUUGCAGGUAUAAAUGGAAUUCCUCAUGGAGUAGAAAGAACUUGUUCUUUGGAGGAGCUAAAAACAGGCCUGGCUCUAUGGAGAAAAUGCCUUCCAGCAUCUUUAAAUGAACAACUAAAUAGAAAUACUGAAUCUUCCAGUGAUGAGCUAGAUGGCAAAGGUACAGCACAAAUUUUGGAAAACCUCCCCAGUACAUUGACUCAAAAUUACGACACUAAAAUUACAGUUGAAAGAACUCAGACUUAUGCUUCUUCAUCUUUUGGAAAAAACCUUGAUGGAGUAAAUUCCAAUUUGCCAAAAGGCUCUGAACCUCAAGUAGCUAUUGUUACUCCACUGGUAUUAUCAAAAAAGAAUGAAGUGCAGAAAAAUCAGUCUCUGUUCGAAAGUAUGUAUCCAGCUAUUGAAGGCAGUGUCCAUACUUUAGAAGAACAUAUCUCUGCAAAAUCAGAUACUAAUAAAGGAGAAAAUAGAGCUAUUUACUCACCUACAGAUUCCUGUAAAUAUUGUGAAGAUUUAAAUAUGCAUCAGGAAACAAACAAAUCCACAGAAGAAGAAAAAAUAGUGAAAGCAGAAGUUGGAACAAACUACUCUUUUGACCUAAACCAAGAAAUAACUAAUUCAUCUCUUGAAUUAAAGCAACAUAAACUCAAUUCAGGAGACCAACAUCCACGUGAACGGAUCACUAAUCAUUUAACUACAUCUCAAAAAUGUGUAACAUCUAAAAAGCAUGGUCCAAAUUUGGAUGAAUCCAACAAUACUGCUGAAGUUGUGCUGAAUGAUAGUAUGUUACGAAUAUCCAGUGUAUGUACUCUUGUACAAGGUGAUGCAUUUUAUAAUUCACAAAUAGCAAACAUGUUUAGUACUAGCCCUUUGAAAUCUGAUACAAAGCAUGCAACUUCAGAGGAACAUGUGCUUUCUCUGCAACACAGUGAGGGAGGAUCUGGCCUCCUGAAAAAUGACCCUGAAGUCGGGAUGAAUAUUUCAGAGGAAGGCACUGUAUUGCCAUCAUCAGGAAGUUUAUCCAAGGCUCUUGCAGGGACACCUGAAGACUUGCAAACAUUAGAAAGCCCUCCGUGUGACAACACUUUAAUGGAAACAAAUGCAAACAACUCUGGGGAACAAAAGAACAAAGGCUGUCUAGAAGUUGUUUCACUUUUGGGGGGAAAAAAUGAGCAAGAUAGAUCUUAUGGUUGUAAUACAGAUUUGUCCAGCAGUGAGGUGUUUGGAAAUCAGGAGGCUCUGUGCAACACAGACAACAUGUCCAGCGUUAGAAAAGUGGACGUCUCCGAGCAUGUCCUGGAUGAAGGCAAGCCAGUCCAUUUGGGAAGCAGCACUGAGCCCCCUGUAAUGUUAUUGAACAAUCAGCUAACUGAGCUCUCAAAAGAAUUUCCCUAUGGAAUUGGUUAUUUGAAUAUGGUAAAGGGAACAGAAAGCAAAGAUUCCAUAAAUAUUCUGACAGAAAGACAGGAUAAAGGAAAUACUAGGAGCCAUGAGAAAAAUCUUGAUCCCAGUGAUGCAGUAGAGCAAAUUAAAAUAGUAAUCCUAAAUUCUCAACAGAUGAAUGAAAUGUUUCCUGAAUGUAGUCAACAAUCUUCUAACAAGCUAGACAACCAUGGAGAUGACCAGAUGAGAAUGGAUUCAAAAGCUAACUUGAGAAAAGAUAAGGGACACUACAGAAAAUCUAACCGGGACUUAAAUGUUGACAGCAAAAUUACCCGGUCUGAAAGAUUUGGGAAAAAAGAGCGAACAUACUGCUGCUUGCCAGGAUGGAUAGCUUCAGGAUAUAAUGUGGAGCCUUGUUCAUGUAUGCUAGCAAAAGAAGCUAGUUUGAAGGGAAAAACUGGCCUGUAUUUACAGUCUAAAGAUAGAUCAAAAUCCAGAGACAGUGAAUCUGACUGUAGCCUGAAAAAUGAAGUACAGAAUUCCAUAUUAGAGGCAGGUACUAAUGCCUUUCUUUUGGGGAACCAGAGUAACAAGGCUUUAAAUAAAACUUUUGGAUGUAGAGAAACUGAACCUCAGGUAAAGGAUUUACCAAAAGCAGAGCAAACAGCAACUCUACUUUCUUUAUUGGAAAAAUCAGAUUCACAAGAACCUAACAGGAGAGUCAUAGAACUGCCUCAACCUGCAGAUUCCCAGUCUCGGCAGACAGAAAGAGUUGGAACUAAUAACAUGCACAAUCAGAUACAUGGAAGAAGGAAUAUCUCAAAAAGUGAAGCACAGUAUCAUUUUAAUACAGACUUCAAAAAGAUGAUGAUCAAAAAGCUCGCCAAAAUGAAAUCUGAGAAAAAGUCUUUUGACAAAACUCUGAAAUCAAAAACAGAUAUGGAUCAUCAUGGAAGAACAGAAACCAAACAUAGUACCAGUUUAGAAAGAUACAAAAUUAAACGGGACACCGGUGAAACGCGCAUAAUUAAAGGACCAAUUUCAAGCAUGAGUCUAAAGAGACAAAUGGCAAAGGGAAAAAAGCAUAAAGCAUUGGGAAUCCAGCAUAGUGAUGUCAGGCAUUCUUCAACUUCAGGCAGUGUUGGCUUUGUUUCUGAAAAACAUAAUUCUGGGCACAGGUCUACCUUGGGUUCGCAAGAGCGUUUAAUUAAAAUGGAAAUGCAUAAAGUAAAAGAUUUGGAGAAACGUUAUGGAUACAGAAAGGUACAACAUAAUGAAUCUAUUUGUUCUAAGCAUGUUGAACACAAUCCUGAACAGCCUAUUAAAAGGAUAAAUCUAGAGAAAUAUGCAUACACAAAAGAUAAGAAAAAUGCAUGGAAACACCCAAGCUCACAUUUUGAUAACAGAAUUCCUGCAUCCCAGGACGAAUGCGGCAAUCCUUCCAAUAAACUUAAAAUCCACUCUCCCAACAAAGAAGGCAUAUUGGAUGGUAGUAGCAGAGAGAAGUGGUCUGGGAGAUCACCUUCUGAUAAAAAGUGUUUUAAAAGAAAAAAUAAACACUCUGUUUUCCUUCAAAAGGAACAAAAGAAAAACUAUUUGAACAGAGUUGCAUUUAAACGGACUGCCCAGAAGACCAUUCAUUUGACAAGCCUAGAUUCCCAUGGAACUGGGGGGUCGGAACCCCACCAAAAAAACAGCUCUUUGCCCCACAAGUCUGAAGCAGAGAGGCCACAAAUGCUUGAAUUCAAAAUGUGUCCAGAAAUAUUAUUUAGGAAGUCCAUCUCUGAAGAACAAAGUUUAGAAGCAAUGAAGCCUCCUGAAAAAACCAGAACGUCUGUUAAAGCAGUCAAAAGUAAAAGAGAAGACUGGUUAAAUUACUGUCCUGUGAAAAGAAGGAAAACAGAAGAAAAUGAAAUUCAAGUUGAUGACAUUCCACUUGAUACUGCAAUAAAACUGUUGGAAGGAAAUGAAGCAUUCCAUGGGUCCAUGAAGGAUUCCAAAGCCACAUUUGAGACCUACCGGAAAAUGCAUCUGGAAAAAAGAAGCCGCAGUCUGGAUAGCAGUCCCUUAAGCUAGGAGCCCGUGGACUUGAGCUUUGUUUUGUGAACCACUUGUUUCGGAUUGGCUGCUUUUAUAUUAAUGUCCUGUUAACUCGGGCUAUUGGUUACUAUGAUUGGAAAUCUAUUUAAAAAUGGAAUUUGCAUUCUGAACCACUUUAGCAAGCAUUUCAUUUGGACUCUUCCAAUUAUUUUUACAAGACAGAUUCCUCAGUAAGCUAUAUUAGCUAAAUGUAACAAAAUUUGUGCCUAGAAACUACUGUGGUACUGAUGCUCAUUUUAAGUGCCUUUUAUUGUUUGGUACUUUUGUUGCCUUGUUUAUUUUGGCAGUAAUGUAUUUUGAAUAAAUGUUUAGUUACGUACCUUCAAACGGUGUUAUUUGUUUACAGAAUUAAAAACACGUUU